AUGGUGGACGAGGCGAUGGAGAGCUACCUGUACACCACCUACCACCCCUACUCCUACCGCUACCCGCCGCCCAAGGGCAAGGGGGGGGCGGCGGGCGGCUGGCGGCCCCGGGGCAGCGGCUACUUCACGGGCUACGGGGAGGCGGCGGCGGCCGAGUACUUCGACAACUACCAGCGGGCGCAGCUGAAGGCCAUCCUCUCCCAGGUCAACCCCAACCUCACGCCGCGGCUCCGUAAGGCCAACACCAAGGAGGUGGGCGUCCAGGUCAACCCGCGGCAGGACGCCUCGGUGCAGUGCUCGCUCGGGCCCCGCACGCUGCUGCGCCGCCGCCCCGGCCCCGCCAGCGCCCCCGGGCCGCGGCCCCGCCAGGCCGAGCAGGAGCAGGGCAGCCCCGCCACCACCAGCACCCGCGCCGUCCGCUUUCCCCGCACCAUCGCCGUCUACUCGCCCAUGGCAUCCCGCAGGCUCACCGCCUUCCUGGAGGAGCCGGGCCCGGAGCCGGAGCGGCGGCCGCAGCAGGAGAAGGCGGCGGCCGUCGAGGAGGAACCGGACGCGCUGCGGGAGCAGCGGGAGGCCGAAGCGGCCGCCGUGCGGGCCAGCUGGGAGAAGCCCCCCGAGGGCGGCGCCGAGCCGCUGGAGCAGCGCUCGGCCGAGCCGCCGGAGCAGUGUCCGCCCGCGGCCCCGGAGCCGCCGCCGGCGGGGCCGGAGGGGAGCCAGGAGGAGCCGGCGGCGGCAGCAGCAGCCCCGCGGGCAGAGCCGCCGGCCGCCACCCAGCAGCGGGAGCCGGCGCCGGGCAAGACCCGCCUGCGCUUCCAGUUCCUGGAGCAGAAGUACGGCUACUACCACUGCAAGGACUGCAACAUCCGCUGGGAGAGCGCCUACGUCUGGUGCGUGCAGGGCACCAACAAGGUGUAUUUCCGGCAGUUCUGCCGGACCUGCCAGAAGUCCUACAACCCGUACCGCGUGGAGGACAUCACCUGCCAGAGCUGCAAGCAGACGCGGUGCACCUGCCCCGUGAAGAUGCGCCACGUGGAUCCCAAGCGGCCCCACCGCCAGGACCUCUGCGGGAGGUGCAAAGGGAAGCGCCUCUCCUGCGAUAGCACGUUCAGUUUCAAAUACAUCAUCUGAGGGGGAUUGGGGUUUGGGUUUUUUUGGUUUGGUUUUGUCUAGAGCUUCUCUGGAAAACUGCAGGUAGAGCAGGGGUUUUUUUGUUGUUGGUGGUAUUGUUGAAGGUACUUACUGAGGUGUAGCUAGGAAAGCAAGCAAAUAAAAGUACUGCAAAGCACUCUCAAGUGAUCAGGUGGGUUUGUGCCCAGCUCAGGGGGUGCAUCUUGCAAUUUGCGUAACUUGCAUAGGGGAAGAGCCUGCAAAUAAUGUCUUGUAAAUCGGUGAUCUUCUGGGCAGCAGGUGGCUCAGGACCUUGUAGAAUCCUGAGUGGGCAAGGAUCUCUCUUAACUGCUCCUACCCUUGAACUAAUCAAACACUUGAAGUUAACAUCAAAUUGAUAAUCUUCAGUAGGUAGCAGAGCACCAUUCAUGAACACCUAAUAGCGUUCAGGUGCUGUGCAUGCUUCUAGUCCAUGUAGAAAGUCUCCUGCACCUGUUCUUAAUCACUAGAAAAUGAGAAAUGCUGUGUUAAGGAAUCGUCACUUCUACUGGUACAGGUGGUCUGAAUUUAGUUAAGCUGGUGUUCUUGUCUUGUAAACUAAAGGCAAAGAAAGCUUGUGGUUAAUGCAUCCGCAGGGGCAGUUCUCUCAAACUGUUGAGGGAGUCACUGAUGUUACUGUCUCUUGGUAAACAAGUUGCCUAUCUUUACUUCCACGAGGUUAUCAAGAGAAGCGAUGCUUCAAAGGCUCAGAGUAUGAUACUGCAUUUGCCUGGCUUCCUCCUGUGCCUCGCCUGCAGGUGCAAGAGCAAGGUGCAUUUAGUUAUGGUUUAGGCGCCUGCCUUGGGGAAGGAUCGAACUCCCACACCGGGCUGGGGCUGCAGCUAGGGAUUGUACUUCUGGUGUUUGGUACUAACGGCAGAACCAGCAUGGGUACUGGCAGGUGAUGCUCUGUGAAGCCUGUCGGUGCAGUCAGUGGUAAUGGCCUCUGUAGGGACUCUGUGCUUCAGCAAAGUGUUACAAGCUGACUCUGGGACUAUAGCAUCACCAUCUCGACAGAUUCACAAGCUAGUAAAACCUACGCCCCCACCCCCCAGUCUGCCCUGUGGCCAAGGAGCUCUGUAAACUUGGGGGGGGGGGGGGGGGGGAAACUACCUUUCUGGGAGUGUUAAUAAAGCUGUUAAAACUUGAAACAGCAUAAUGAUGCACGAAGCCUUUUCGUAGAACUCUUGAGGUAGCUUCUACUUAGACUGAUUUAUCUUGGUUGUAACAAACCUACCUACCCCUGUUCCCAGAGUACUUGAGAAGGCUCUUUUAAAUACUAAAGGGGGCACCAGUCUGAGCCAGUGCUCCGUAACAACUUUAGUGCCAGGUGGUCUUGAAUCCCUAAAUGGAAGCUAGCAUAUGGCAGGGUAGGCAAACACUGCCCUUUAUACCAACAAAUGUCUGCUAGAGGGACAGUGUUAAUUCUGUAAGCUUAACUCUUCUUGUUGUAGAUUCCUGCUUUAUUUUAACAUGCCACUUUGAACUUGCUGUAGUAACUAAGGCUUAAUGCCUCAACACCAAUUUAUUGCCAGGUAAUUUUAUUCUUGCUCCAUUUGUUAUUAUAGCAGCACGAGGCACUCUGGGAUCAAGUAGAUCUACCACCUCCAGAAUGGGGUGACACUGUGGUAUUCCAUGCUUCUGCCUGAAUGAAGCAUUUUCCCAUGUGCCACUGUAGAAGGAAAUAUCCCUUCCUUUAACAGCUCACUGAAAGGCUUUCAGUCUCUGUUCAACUUAAAAGUACAACUGCAGCUGGGCAGUUUUCUGUUGUAGCUGCCUGUGCCUUGCACUUAACCUGUAGUUACACCAAUGAGCAGUGGCAAGUCUGCAGCUUGAGGAGGAACACAGUUGAGGGCCCCCUCUGCAGCUGUGUGCCCAUUAUCUGACUCUGCUUGCAGUUGCAACUGGGAUGCCUUUUUUUUUUUUAUUUCCAUCUAAGGAUGUUCUUCAAUAUAUUUUCCUGUUUGCCUUGCCCAUUUUUAACAGCUGUAGCCUGUCCCUGAUGGGGGGGGGGAGAUUGUGGUGAGCCUGUGUAUCUUGUAAUGAGUUUCAGAACUUGAGCUCUGUGCCAUGGGUAGCAUGAAGUUGUACAGCAACUCACAGCAGUAUGAGCUGUCACGUGCUCCCUGUUUAUAUAGCUGUCCCUGCAAGCACUGCUUUGAGGGUUACUUGCUGUGAAUAUGGCGACUUUGGGGCAAAGAUCAUCAGUAAUAGCCCAGAAAUACAGUACAACUUGAGUUGUCUGCACUAACUACAGUCAAAGCAGCAGUUGCUUCUGUUGGGUAAGGUGUAGAACAGGCGCAGGCGAGCUGUAUGGUGUACUUCAACAGCAACUGCCCAAGCAAGCAGCUGAUGAAGGCUCCAAGCGGCAGGUAGUGGCAAAGAGCCACCCCUGCCUUCAUCAGCUACUGCAAGGUUUUGAGGCUGGGAGGAGCGAGUGCAGUGGGCAGCAAUAUUAAACAAGCUUUUCUUCAUCCUGUAGCUCUAUGUGUCAUUCCUCUUAGAUAAAUAUAUUAAAUGCUUUUACUGCUUGAUGCCAAAGUACAGUUCUGUAUCCUCUCCCACUUUACUGCUCCGUUAUGUCCUUGACAGCAUCCACUGUAUCAUGGGCACAGAUUCCUAGACUCAGCAGAAAGAAGGAAAGCUACUCAUGACCUGUGAUUAUGCAAAGCAGAAAGGAACGGCCUCAUGCUGCUAAUUCAUCAAAGAUAUCUUGCACUUGCUCUGUACAGCUCUUUCACAAAGAUGCUUUUAGUCAGUGCUAUAUUCACUGCAUCUUACAAAAGAUGUCUGAUGCUUUGCCUGGUUUGUAGAUGGCUUUACCAUACUCUCAGAUUUGGCACAGACCUGGUCAGGUAAUGUAGUGUGACAGCUUAUGUGGUAGCUGAGAAUGAGUAAUUUUGGGGAAGCUUCACAAAGUUGAAGCAAUAUCAAAGACCAUCAGCUAGCAUGAUUCUGUUCCAUAGGGCAGGUUCCGCUAGUCAUUGUAAACUUGAGAUGUGCAACAUAACAAAUUAUGUAUAUAAAUUCAGCUCAGAGUUGCUAUGAAAUCUUUUAACAGCUUCAGGAGAUAUGUAGGAAAAU